UGUCUGGCCGUAAAGAAACAGUUGGAAGCUCCCUGCCUGCCUGCCACCAGUAUAAUACAGAAAGGACCAAAAGUUUGGCUGGCACAAACAGUCGUGUGUAACAGGACGGGCAGUGACGAAGGUUUGGUCGUUCGAUCGUUAUAAAGCCAGAAAGAAAGAAAUAGGAAAACAAAAAGGAAACUUAAACUCGCGAUUACGUGUCUACAGUGUGUGAUGUUGUUGAUCCCUGCCUUUUGCAUUUAACAUUGCACGCCAUAGUGACCGAUUGAGUUGGCGUCCUUUUUUCUCUUCAUUUCACAACCUAACCAAACGUUGUUAAUAAGUUGCUUUUUUCGUUGUUGGCUGUCCGUUUGCAGCUGUCGUCAUUUUCCCACCCACGACACGAAGCCAGAAAUUUUUCUCAACAUCCCACGUCUUUUUUUGGCUGUGAGAAAAAGAUGGCCAAAAUCGUUUUAUCCUUGUGAAGAAGACACUGUAAGAAACUUACAAAAACAGAGAAAAACAAAAUGGAAUCAGGCCUUUGGGGUUUUGCUAGCAACCUUUGUCGUCUGCUCUCGGAGGCUGCUGUGAGAUGCCGUCAAACUAGUUGAUUACUUUAAACUUUAAAAGUUAGGCCAACUGUGUGUGUGUUGAAACAAUUUGAAUAAUUAAAAAGAAGAAAAACAACUUUUGGGAACAUAUCAUGGCGUUUAUGCUGAAGAAGAAACGCUACAAAUUUCAAGUGGAAUUGUUUCUAGAAGAGUUAAAUGCCGUCACCUUCCCGAGUGCCGUUCUCUUCGCCAAGUUGCGGCUGCUGGACGGCGGCAAUUUCUGCGAAAUUUCUUCCAGAGAGGAAGUCCAGCAGCACACUGUUCGCUGGGCGGCGAAAUUCCCGUUUGUCUGCAAAAUGUCGGCCAACGCAUCGACAGGCGUCCUGGAGCCUUGCCUUUUACGGAUAUCCGUCCGCAAGGAAGUUAAAGGAGGUCGGUCGUACCAGAAACUGGGAUUUGCCGACUUGAAUUUGGCCGAGUUUGCCGGCUCUGGUUCCACAUUGCGCCGCUGUUUGUUGGAGGGCUACAACACGCGGCACCGCCAGGAUAAUUCCAUCCUCAAAGUCACCAUUCUCAUGACGCUCUUAUCAGGCGAUCCUUGCUUCAAAGUGCCAACACCGCGACAGGUGUCCAUUCCGGUGGAUUCGCCCGUCAACAACUCGACCAUGGUGCCAUCUGGCGAUUUCGUUUCGGAUGGUUUCGGACUAGUCGGCUCCUCCAUCAGUGGUGGGCCUUCGUCUAACAAAUCCAGAUUAGUUUCUUCAAAUGUUGGUGGUGGACCAGAAACGCCAGAGCCGGAUGAGAUCUCUGGCGGUGGCAGUAGCACACAUGACGUCUAUUCGGAUGUCAUGGGCGGUCUGAUGAGUCUGCAACACGUCCAACAGCAGCAGCCGCAACCGCAUCGAGACUCUGAAUCGUUUGUUGUCGGCUCUUCGUUGCCGACCUCGGCCGUCUUGGCCGAGUUGCUUCCAGGACACUCUAGGAAUUCUUCCGGUACCAGUCAUUCUGGCAGCGGGUCUGCCUCCGGUUACGGUUCGUUGGCCAGUCAAUCCCAGCACAGUCGGCAAUCCAGCUCCGGAGAGCUGGGACAUUUCAGAUUUCCGUCGUGGCCAGUCUGGUCUCCGCGCUUCUCCAAGCUGCGUUUGUCUAAGCGCGGCGGCCUUGGCCAGCAGCCUCUGCCCGUUGUGGCACCGGCCGACGGGCCCGCUUCCAACACUUCUUCCUCAUCUUCCGGCAUCGGCGGCAGCGGUGGAGUUGGCAAUAUUGGCAGUGACGGGCCGGAAGCGAGGCUCCAGUCGUUCAACACUGGCAAUCAUACGAGUCCACUGGUGCGACCGCACAUUAGUUGGAGGCCCAUCAGUCCGUUGGCCGUUGGGCGGCCGCAGCCGCUCGGUCUAACGGCGUUAAAACCUCCUCCAUCACCUUCUGCUGACGUUCCGCUCCGCUCGCUCAUUCCGCCAUCAGCCACCGUUGCCGCCGCCGCCAUUCCACCCCCGCAUGAAAGUAGUUUGGGACAUUCCAGGAAUCCGAGCAACGGGUCGGGAUUCAGCGACACGGGUUCGAUGGAACGUCCCAAAAUAGCCGGCAGUGGAGUUGCUGCUGGAACGGGUGUCGGGCUGGCCACGGGAACAGUGUCAUCUAUCGGCUCUUCUUCGUCCUCUUCGGCCAGCGCCACCAACACGUCGACUUGCUCCUCGUCGGGCACGGCGGACAAGCGCAAAAAGUUGGAGGAGAGAAUCGAAAGCAAAGAGUCGAGGAUCGACGCCAGGCAAGUGAUUGAUGACCUCAUCAAAUCGGCCAACCUGGAAAACGACGUCAACGCCGGUGAAGUGUCGGGCUUACAGCUGAAAGACAUCACCAAAAACGCACAAUCCAACCAGUGGGAUCACGGCAAAGGCAAAGUCUACGGCGGUUGGUGAUUGAUUUUAUCCAUCCAGCCAGCCAGCAACAGCGCAAACAUGUGAAAUGAAUCCGCGUUAAAUAACAAAAACAAACUGGUCAUAUCCACAAAAUGGGGAACGGUUGUUGUAAAACAAACAAAAAAAGAAUAAUUUCAAUUCUUUUUUUUCAAAAAUCACUUCCCGAUGUUGAAUGAUUGCCUUGUUAGUUUCAAACAAACACACUAAAACAAAAACAAUAGUUGAUUUGAGGAAUUAUUUUGGGUACACAUUUUCUUUCUUUACACAAUUUUUCCUUUUAGUUUCGAUUAUUUUUUGCAAUUUCGCGCCGCCGUUGUCGUUUGUCGUUUCGUGACAAUUUCAAUGAUUAAACAUAAUCGAAAAAAUAUAAGAAACAAAAUGUCUACAAAAAAAAACGAAAAAAAAACUGCGCUCGGAUGGUUAAAAACAUCCUUAACUAAUUUCUCCUACACGUGUGUUCCGUCUCGCCUUCCGUUGUUGUUCACGCCGAUAUUUUUGUAUAAAUUGUGCCCACAUUUUUAUUUUUUUUUUGUCGCCCCCCAAACAUUUCUUUUUCCUUUUUUUUUUUUAGAAAUUUUUCUUUUCACGCCGUUACGUGUCAUUUAUUUGCCGGCCAACGCCCUUUUUCAAUGUCGUUGAUCACGGGCGUCAGAGCCUCACAGCUUCGAUAUGUUUUGAAAAAUAACAGCGCAAAAUAAACUAAAGAAAGAAAAGAAAAGUUAUGUGUAGGAAAGAAAGGGUCGUCAAUAUGUCGCCAUUUGGAAUCAUUUCUCUUAUCUCUCCGGUCGUUUCGCUCCGCAUGCGUGCACAACCAUCCGAACCGACGGGCUAAAGAAAAAAAAACGACAACAACAAAGUCCCAGCUACUUGUUUUUCUACUUUUGUUUCUUUUUUUCCUCCCGUUGUUUGUCAUCAAUUGUUAUAUAUUUAAUUAUAUAUAUAUGCCGUGUACUACUGCUGUACUGUACGUCUCUCGCCUAUCAAAAAAUAAAACAAAAACAGACACACAAA